AUGAUCACUGCGACUUUUGUAGUCUUUAUCAUCGUUAUCGGUGGAAUUCUAGUCGGUUUUAUGAUCUCGAUAAAUGAGAGAAAAAUUCGAAAGCGAUACUCGUCGAAUUACACCCUAUCGAGGAGAUAUCAGCUGACAGAAAACGCGAAAUCGAUGCAGAUGCUAACUCGAUUAAUGGGUUUCCUCGUCAUUUCCACUUUUGUCUAUGGAACGCUUUUCUACCUGAAUUCCACGUUGAGCUACAGUUGGAAAACGAGAAACAUUUCUGGUAUCGGUCUCGGAUUCGCCGAGGGAUUAAACACCUUAGUCCAGACGAUCUACUUUUUGAUUGGCACCCGGGAACUUCGUCAUCAUCUAUUGAAGGCUCUUGGAAAGAGGUUUCAACUAAACAGAACGAGUGUGAUCAACGAAACUCCACAAAUGUCAGCUCGAGUCGUCGAUGUUCGCGGGAAAGUGGGGAUCAUUGAGGAAUCAUUGAGGAAUCUU